GUAGUUUUGGAUUGCUGUGAAGGCAGCUCUCAGAGGGAAGCCGUGGACAGUCUGCUCAGGAAGGUGGAUGAAGAGAAAACCUUGAAAGCGGAAAGUUUGGUCAAACUUCUGGAGGCUGUGAAAGCAUCAUUCCCUGGUCUCCACCUUCUGCUAGACAACUUGGUGGCAACAGCAAAUGUCUCUGAUGGCAAAGCCAAAUGGAACCCGGAGGAUUAUGGAGCCAAACUGUUGCAACGAUACAGAGAGAACUUAGAGGAGCUCCUCACAGACCCCCAGGUGCUGCUGCGGGGCAUCUCUGCUGCACAGAGCCUGGCUCCUGCUGAGAGAGAGGUGAUGGAGCAGGUUGUGAAGCGUGAGGCUGGUGGUUUCACCUCCCUGGUGUCGGCGGCGCUGGAGGAGCGGUCUGUGUCCGUCUCUGCCCUUUGGCAGCUGCUGCUGGCUGUGCGGGAACUGGCACCAGUGAACCUGCUUAUGGAGGAGAUCCAGAAACAACCCGGCGCGGAGUUGUUCUUCCAAGCAGUGGCCACCAACGAGAGCACAGCCAUUGAGAUCAUCCUGCGGCACAGCAAGCUGAUCUCGGAGGCCAUCCAGCAGAGAGUGGACCUGGAGGGCUUGGCUCCGGGCGAGGCAGGACUCACAGAAGCAGUAAAAGAGCUACUGAGUAUUUCUUCUCAGAAGGAAAGUUCAGAGGCCUCCUUGAAAGCAGCUCUGAGCAGGGCUCAGGAGAAGUCUGUCCCGGCCAUCAAGAUCUGUCAGCUCCUGUGCAAUGUCCAUGAAUCCUUCCCGGACCUGCAGCCAGUGAUGCAGGAGCUGGGGCAUGUGGGUCUCUUGACUGAGGGAAGCGGGGAGAAACCUGGGAUCAGGAAGUGGAAGGUGAACAGUGAAUCCCAAGUUGAAGCUCUGGACAAAGAUGAGGACAAGGCAGGAGGUGCCGGUGCCAAGGAACUGAAGGAACCCCAAGAAAAAGCUUCUUCCAAGAAGAGUUUUAUCUGCAAAGCCUGUGACAAGACCUUCCACUUCUACUGCCGCCUGAAGGUGCACAUGAAACGUUGUCGGGUGGCCAGAGGAAAGCAAAUCCAGUGUAAGGAGUGCAGCGAGGUCAAAUCGACAAAGAAGGAGCUGGAGAAGCAUCAGCUGGAAGUCCACGGGGUGGUGGGGACAGCCAAGAAGAAGAAGAAGAGGCUUCCCGUGGCAUGUGACAUCUGUGGGCGAGAGUUUGCUCAUGCCUCAGGGAUGCAGUACCACAAGCUGACGGAGCAUUUUGAUGAGAAGCCCUUCUCCUGCGAGGAGUGCGGGGCCAAGUUUGCAGCCAACUCCACGCUGAAGAACCACCUACGGCUGCACACGGGGGACCGGCCCUUCAUGUGCAAGCACUGCCUGAUGACCUUCAUGCAGGCCUCAGCUCUUGCCUACCACACCAAGAAGAAGCACGCUGAGGGUGAGGAAUGUGCCCCCUGCCAGUACUGUGACGCUGUGUUCGCCCAGUCCAUCGAGCUGUCACGCCACGUCCGGACGCACACGGGGGACAAGCCUUAUGUCUGCCGGGAGUGUGGGAAAGGCUUUCGCCAGGCCAACGGGCUCUCCAUCCACCUCCGGACCUUCCACAACAUUGAAGAUCCCUAUGACUGCAAGAAGUGCCGGAUGAGCUUUGCCACCCUGCAGGAGCACCGCAAGCACAUCCACGAAGUGCAUUCCCGGGAGUACCACCCCUGCCCGUCCUGCUCUAAAGUCUUCAGCGCCCCGUCGCUCCUGGAGCGCCACAUGGUGACCCAUGUUGGAGGAAAGCCUUUUAGCUGUGAGAUCUGUAACAAAGCUUACCAGCAGUUGUCAGGGUUAUGGUAUCACAACCGGACCCACCACCCUGAUGUCUUUGCAGCUCAGAAUCACCGCUCCUCCAAGUUCUCCUCCCUGCAGUGCAGCUCCUGUGACAAAACCUUCUCCAGCACUGCUGCUCACCGAAAGCACGUCAAGGCAGAGCACACAGAUGUGAAGUUGCAUGAGUGUGAGACGUGCAAGGAGCUCUUCCCCACGCUGGCUCUCCUGCAGGUCCACGUGAAGUGCAGGCACUCAGGCUCCCAGCCGUUUCGCUGCUUGUACUGCUCAGCAUCCUUCCGCUUCCCAGGGGCCCUGCAAAACCAUGUCACCACCGAGCACUUCAAGCAGACGGAGAGCACCUUCACCUGCGAGCUCUGUGGGGAGCUCUUCCCCUCCCAGUGCGAGCUGGAGGGGCACUACAGCACUGAGCAUCCCAAGGUGGUCUUCUCCCAAGCCACAACAACUCAGAUUGUGCAGGUGAUUCAGACGUCGGAGCAAGGGGCAGCAGAACACGUCAUCUCUUUUGAUGAGGCCCAACUUGCUGGCUCACAAGUCUUUGUGACGUUACCUGAGUCCCAAAUGAGCCAAGCUGGCUCCGAGCUGGUGGCAGUGACCAUGGAGGACUUAUUUGAUGACAAAGUCACUCUGAUUUGUGAAGAAACCAAGUGA